UCCCUGCGGAGGAGGAGAGGAGGGGAGCAGAUCCGGCGGAGGCACUUCCAUCGUCCCCGCCGUCCGCCGGCUCGGCUACAGCACCAAGGAAGACCUCCAGUGCAGCAACAUGGACGCCGCUUCGCUCGCCGCCCUUGUCUCCAAAAUGCAGGACCACGUCGAACAAAUGGCGGUAGAACUGAAGAAAGUCGUGAAAGAGAACUUGACUACGGAGGGCACCCCCGCCGAUGUGGACCUGAACCGAGCUCUCUUUCAGGUCGAGAACAUUGCCGGGGAACUGGAGAUGCUCGUGUUCCAAGUGGAAGAUGCGAUGCAGACUGGUGAUGGCCGCAAGGAAGUGUCGGAGGCCACCACUUUGGUCGAGGAUGGGUCCGGUUCACAGGAUGUCGACUGCAACGACAUUGUUCCAGUGGAUUGGAGCGGCGAUGAGCUGUUGUGUGGAGAUUCCGCGGACUCUAUGUCAGUAGAAUCCGAUAGGUCGUGGCGUAUGCAGUGAGUUGCUCUAUGUAGUAGGGUUUAAUGCAGUGGUAAUAAACGUAGUGUUGUGUUGUACUGAUAUAACGAAACCAUAUGAC